AUGUCCGCCAGCAUGCGAUUGAAUGGGAACCUCGACGCCGAGUCUUCCUCUGAGGGCAGCUCGCCGUCGUCCCGCGUCGACGCUGACUCGAGCAACUCCUCAGUCUACUCCAGUGACGCCGAACUGGGAGCCCGCCAGCCUGUUGCCGAUGACCCCAGCGUCAUCGUCGGCAUGGCAUGCCGCUUCCCUGGGGCAAAGAACCCAUCCCAGCUGUGGAAUGUGCUCUCCCAGAAGGAGGACCUUCUGCGGAAGAUGCCUGCGGACCGCUUCAACGUCGAUGCCUUCUACCACCCCCAAGGCACGAACAAAGGCACGACCAAUGCUCGCUACGGGUACUUCCUCGACCAGGGCAUUGACGAGUUCGACAAUGAGUUCUUCCGCAUCUCGGGCAAGGAGGCCGAGGCCAUGGACCCGCAGCAGCGGCUCCUCCUCGAGGUCAUCUACGAAGCUCUUGAGGAAGCCGGCAUCCCCAUGGAGCAGGUCCGCGGUACACGCACUUCCGUCUACGUGGGAUCUUUCUCCAACGACUACAACUCGAUGUUGACCAAAGACCUCGCACAAUACCCCAAGUACACCGUCACCGGUGCGGGUAAUGCCAUCCUCUCCAACCGUAUCUCAUACGUCUUCGACCUGCACGGCCCCUCCGUCACCAUCGACACGGCCUGCUCCUCCUCGCUCGUCUGCCUGCACUUCGGCAACCAGUCGCUGCAGCACGGCGAUGCCGACAUCGCCAUCGUCGCCGGCUCCGCCCUGCACUUCGACCCCAACAUUUUCAUCACCAUGACCGACUUCGGCAUGUUGUCGACCGACGGCCGGUGCCGCACCUUUGACGCCUCUGGCUCCGGCUACGUGCGCGGCGAGGGUAUCGCCGCCGUCGUCCUCAAGCGUCGCUCCGUCGCCGAGGCCGCCGGCGACCCUAUCCACGCUGUCGUCCGCGGCUCUGGCGCCAACCACGACGGCACUAAGGCUGGCCUUACCCUGCCCAACGGCGCCGCUCAGGCCUCCCUCAUCCGCAGCACCUACAAGGCUGCUGGCCUCGACCUCACCGACACCGACUACUUCGAGGCGCAUGGGACUGGUACCCGUGCCGGUGACCCCAUUGAGGCCAAUGCCAUUGGCAGUGUUUUCGCCGCCUCGCGUGACAAGCCGCUGCUUGUCGGCUCGAUCAAGUCGAACUUGGGGCAUCUCGAGGGUGCGUCUGGCCUUGCUGGUAUCAUCAAGGCGACCAUGUCCGUCGAGUCUGGCAAGAUCUUCCCCAACAUGCACUUCAACACGCCCAACCCCGACAUCGACUUCGACCGUCUGAAGAUCAAGGUCCCGACGCAGUUUGCCGACUGGGAGACCCCGACGGGCCUGCGCAGAGCGUCUGUCAACUCCUUCGGCUACGGAGGUUCCAAUGCCCACAUCAUCAUUGAGAACUACCGUUCCAGGGCCACUGCUCUCGCCUCAAUCCAAGAGUACGCCCAGGCCACGGAGGUCAUUGACAACACUACGGCUGCAAGGCCCUACCUCCUGCCCCUGACGACGCACAACGACAAGGGCGGCAAGAACCUCGUCGCCGACCUGGUGGCCUAUGUCAAUGCCCACCCGAACCUCAAGCCCGCCGACCUCGCCUACAGUCUCAGCGUACGGCGCUCAAUGCACCAGCAGCGUUCCUUCGCCAUCGGCCACGACCACAGCUCCGUGUUGCAAAGCCUGCAAGAGCCGCUGCCCGUGGCCAAGUGGACGCGGCGCAGCGAGCGCACGCCGCGCGUCGGCUUCGUCUUCACGGGCCAGGGCGCCCAGUGGCACGCCAUGGGCCGCGAGCUGCUGGAAAAGUCGCCGCUGUUCCGGCAGACGCUCGAGUACUGCGACACCGUGCUGCAGGCGCUGCCCGACCGGCCGGACUGGACCUGCGUCGGCGAGCUGAGCAAGUCGGCUGACGAGUCGCGUCUCGCGCAGAGCAUCUUCUCGCAGCCGCUGUGCGCUGCGCUGCAGCUGGCCAUCGUCGACCACCUGCGUGCCUGGGGCAUUGUUCCUGCGGCUGUUGUUGGCCAUUCGUCUGGUGAGAUCGCCGCCGCGUAUGCCGCUGGCAUCUUGACUUUCGAAAACGCCAUCAUCUGUGCUUACUACCGCGGGCUGUACAUGUCGCAGGGCACUGCGCCCGGUUCGUUCAACAAGCGCGGCGCCAUGAUUGCUGUGGGCAUGACGGAAGCUGAGGGCAAGGCUGAGCUGGAGAGUUACACCGGCCGCAUCGCUCUGGCCGCUGUCAACAGCCCUUCCAGCCUGACAAUGUCUGGUGACGAAGACGCUGUUCUUGAGCUCAAGGAGAACCUGGAGAAGCGCAAAGUGUUCGUACGCCAGCUCCGGGUCGAGCAGGCGUUCCACUCUCACCACAUGCUGCCGCUCGCCCCGGGCUUCGAGAAGGCACUGUCCGGCACUCCCGGCUUCGCCCCCACCGAGGCGCAGUGCCAGAUGGCCUCCAGUGUCACCGCUCGCGACUCCGCGGCCAGGCCCAUGGACGCUUCCUACUGGGCUGCCAACAUGACUGGCGUGGUGCGUUUCUCCGACGCACUGACGGGCAUCUUGCUCGACGAGGAUGACGAGCAGAACGUCGACGUGCUCGUUGAGAUCGGCGCGCACCCUGCUCUGCAGGGCCCCUCGCGCCAGGUCCUCAAGAGCCUGAAGCUCGAAGUCCCGUACGUGGCUACCCUGACGCGCAGCGACCCCGCAUAUGAGAGCCUGCUCUCCACUGCGGGCCAGCUCUUCGCGCUCGGCUACCCCGUCGACCUUGCUGCGGCCAACAGCACCCUGUCGUUGACCAACAACCGCGACGUCGAGCGGGUUUCCCAAGGAACGCUCCUUCGCAACCUGCCCAGCUACUCUUGGGACCACGGCAAGUUCUGGGCUGAGACGCGCCUCAUCCGUGAGAACCGUCUGCGCAAGAUCCGGCACUCGCUCCUUGGAGCGCAGAUGCCAGGAGCUCCCGGGAACCACCCGCGUUGGCGUAACUUCCUGCGCCUGUCCGAGAUUCCGUGGUUGACGCAGCACGUGGUUGAUGGGAAGACCAUUUUCCCCGCCGCUGGCUACAUCUCCAUGGCGCUCGAGGCGGUGGCAGCGACGAUGCCGGAUGCGAAGCAGUUCCAGCUGAAGGACGUUGUUUUCAAGAACGCGCUCACACUGACAGCCGAUGAGAACGGCACGGAGGUGAUGCUUGACCUAGAGCCGCUGGCCACUUCGGCCAAGAGCUUCUCUAGCACGUGGCACCGCUUCUCCAUCGUCUCGUAUGACAAUGCCGGCAUGACGUUUGAGCACUGCCACGGCUUGGUCAUGGCCGAGAGUGGUCCCUCCGAGCCUGUUACGAAACUUCCCGCUAGCGAUGGUCUGGCGCAGCUCCAAAAGGCGUCGACCCGGAGGCAGGCUGCCGACAAGUAUUAUUCACAGCUGCGCAAGAUGGGUUUGGACUACGGCGAGGACUUCCGCCUUGUGAAGGGUUACGUCGAGAGUGGCGACGGCUACUCGGUAGGUGAGCUCGAGUUUGACCCCACGAAAGUAGUCGCCUUGGAGGCAGAUGCGUGCAUUGUUCAUCCUAGCUUCCUGGACGCGGCGUUCCAUGUCAUCUUCGCUGCCAUCGGGACGCAGGCGUCGAGGAACUUGAACGAGGCCUUUGUACCCACCUUCAUCAAGUCCGCCAAGUUCUCCGGCGUCUUGGCUGAGAAGAAGCACGAGACCGAUUUGCAGCGUUUCUGGGUCAAGUCAGACACGAAGCUUCCUGGAUCUCGUAUCGCCUUGAAUGAUCUGAAGAUUCAGACCGACUCCUCUCAUGACUGUGUCAUUCACAUGGCCGGCUUGGAACUCACGGCUCUUGGCAACGAUUCGUCAGAGGAAGAGGCGAAGCGCAGUCUCUUCUUCGGACUCCGAUGGCAGCCUUUGUUCUCACGGCUCAACUCGGCCCCAUCGGCCUCGCGCUUCUCCGACUUGGCUGGAUUGGUCGAUGUGUUUGCUCACCAGUACCCUGACGCUGCCAUCCUCCAUCUCACCUCGCAAGUAUCAACUGCUAAGGAGGCUUUGCGCCACGCCGGUGGAGCGAAUGGGGAAAGGCGUAGGAUUGGCAGCAUCACUCCCUUCUUCCCUGUGGAGCCUGCGUCGGUUGACUGGAAGGAGCUGGAGUCUGGCUGGCCUGGCAUUGUAAACCUGGCUGAGCCCGAGCCGGCCACCUAUGACUUGGUCAUCCUUAGCGAGCCAUGCUGCCAUGAUGCAGUCAAGUACCUCAAGCCCGAUGCCUACCUUGUCACGGAAGGCUCUACGGUGGAUACCACCGGGCUGACCACGGUCCUGGAAGCAGGCCAGUUCAAGGUCUGGCAGGCUACCAGCUCAGAUGUCUCUCACGAAGAGAGUCUCACCAUCGUCACGUCCAACAAGCCUUCAGACCGCACCCGGGAGAUUGCCUCGACCAUAGCCAGAGAGUACGAUGGAGACGUCGAAAUGGUGCCUUUGGCAACCGCAAAGGUUUCGACCUCCAAUGUCGUUUCUCUGGUCAGCUUGGACGAGGAUGCAUUCUUCGAGCAGAACCCGGAUGAUGAAGUGACGUUGUUGCAUGCUCUGCAAAGUCUCCUGACUAGCUCGGCAUCAAACAUUUUGUGGGUACUCGAGGGUGCAGCUCUCGACUCGCCGCGCCCGGCCCAGGCCGUUAUCGUUGGCCUUAUGCGGGCUCUCGGCAGCGAAAACGAGGAUGUGCGUGUCGCGACGCUCGACCUGCCGCUCGGCACUGAGACGCCCAACGCUGCGAGCCGCACCCUCGAAGCUCUUCUCGAAUGCAAGACCGAGACACAGAUCGCGGAGCGCAACGGCUGCCUGAUGGUGCCCCGCAUCGAAGAGGAUGAGGCACGCAACCAGAAGCUUCCCGUUGCAGGAAACCGGCAGGCUCGCCUUGAGGCCUUCCGGGGUAACGGACGCAACCUUGCGCUCAAGAUUGGCAAGACAGGUCUGCUCGACACGCUCGCGUUCGAAGACGACGAGGACGUGGCGAAUCCGGAACUGGGCGCAGACGAGGUGGAAAUUGAGGUUCGUGCCUCGGCGCUCAACUUCAGAGAUAUUGCCGCGUCGAUCGGCAUUAUCGACGACUACCGACUCGGUGAUGAAGCCGCAGGCGUGGUGCUCCGCGCGGGCAGCAACAUUGACCCGGCCGAGUUCAAGCCUGGCGACCGGGUAUUGACGGUCAAGCCCGGACAGGGAGCUCACCGGUCGAUAGUACGCAACACGGCGCUGCUGACGCAGAAGAUUGGCGACAUGGACUUUGUGACGGCAGCGUCGUUCGAAGCGGUGCUGACGACGGCGUACUACUCGCUGUUGACGGUGGCACGGCUGUCGGCGGGCGAAUACUGCCUGAUCCACUCGGCGGCUGGCGGCGUGGGCCAAAUGGCGAUCCAGCUGGCGCAGAUGGUCGGGGCGAACGUCAUCGCGACGGUGGGCUCGGCAGACAAGAGGGAGUUCCUGAAGACGCGGUUCGGACUGAGCGACGACAUGAUCUUCUCGUCGCGCGACCCGUCCUUCGUCGAGGGUGUGUUGCGGGUGACGGACGGACGCGGGUGCGAUGUUGCGCUGAACAGUUUGGCGGGCGACUUGCUCCACUCGACGUGGAAGGCAAUCGCGCCCUUUGGCCGACUGAUCGAGAUUGGCAAGCGCGACAUCCACGAGAACACCAAGCUCGACAUGGAUCCCUUCCGCCGCAACGUCACCUACGCCUCGGUCGACCUGAUCACCAUGUACCACUGCAACCAGCCCCUGCUCUCGCGCCUCAUCCGCGAUUCCUACGCCCUCGUGCGCGAUGCCAAGAUCCAGCCCCCGGGCCCCUUCCAGGUCUUCAGCUACGCCGAGGCCCAGAAGGCCUUCCGAACCCUGCAGAUGGGUCGCUUCUUCGGCAAGGUCGUCCUGGUUCCGGACGACAACGAGCUCGUCCCCGUCAUGCCGCCCUCGUACCGCGACGUGCAGCUCUUCAACCCUGACAAGUCAUACCUCCUGGUCGGUGGCCUGGGUGGUGUCGGCAGGUCGCUGGCCGAGUGGCUCUGCCGCAGAGGCGCCCGCGAGAUUGCCUUCCUCUCCCGCUCUGGUGCCCGUGGCGCAGAAGCCCAAGCAACGGUUGAGUGGCUUACCGAAAAGGGCGUCUCCGUCUACGUCUUCCAGGGUGAUGUCUCCAAGCCAACCGAUGUUGACAAGUGCAUCCGCUCUCUCCGCCACAACCUCGGCGGCAUCUUCCAGGCUGCCAUGGUGCUUCGCGAUGUUCCCUUCGCUCAAAUGACUAUUGAUCAGUGGCGCGCUUGCGUCUACCCGAAGACGUACGGCACGCGCAACCUCCACGAGGCCACCAAAGAUCUGGACCUGGACUUCUUUGUGUGUUUCUCCUCCUCUUCGGCUGUCGUUGGCGCCGUUGGCCAGGCCAACUACGCUGCCGCCAACGCCUACCUUGACGCCCUGAUGCGUUAUCGCCGUGAGCAGGGCCUCGCCGGUACCACGAUGAAUGUUGGAGCUAUCCAGGGUGUUGGUGUCGUCGCUGAAGACGCUGCUCUUGCAACCAUCAUGGAGCGUCUUGGUUACGACAUGGUCUCGGAAUCGGAGCUCUUCUACCAGAUUGAAGAAGCCGUCACUGCUCCCAAGACAGUUUUGUCGACCCCGCGCGGAAAUGAUGCCCACCAGAUUGUCUCGGGUGUCAACACGUCGCGCAAGGACGUGUACUGGGCAAAGGCGCCCCUUUUCCGGAACUUGUACGCCAACCUCGACCUCGGUGACAAGGCCAACCGCGGAAGUGGCACCCAGAACCUCGCUGCAGCAUUGAAGAAUGCAGCCGAUGCGGACGAGCGUGCUAGCGUCCUGACGACCGCCUUCCUCGAAAAGGUAGCGGCCGUCAUGGGCGCUCCUGUGGAGUCUAUCCAGGCCAAGAAUCCGCUCUCCGCAUACGGACUGGACUCCAUUGUCGCCGUCGAAUUCCGCAAAUGGUUCUCCAAGACUGUGGCUGUUGAUGUUCCGCUGUUUGAUAUUCUUGGCGCCACCUCCAUUGAAGCGCUCAUUGGCAAGGUCAACGCAGCAAUGCAACUCGGAGCGCUCGGAUCUGAGAAGACAGAGAACACUGCGACGGCGGCUGACCAGGCCCUCCUUGCAAAGCGAAAGGGAACUGCAGCAGUACAGGCGCUCGACUUUGCCUCUGUUACUUUGCCCGCUCACAUUCCUCUUUCAAGCUACCAAAGGCGGAUUUGGUUCCUUCACAACCUACUGCCCGAUCCCAGCUCCCUCAACUUCGUCACUUCUCACCGACUGGAGGGCCGGCCGCGGCUUGAGAUGUUCCGAGAAGUGAUUACGGAGAUGCUCAAGCGCAACGGUAUUCUGCGCACUUGCUAUUUCGAAGGAGACGACUUCGCCGAGCAGAAGGUCCUCGAUGACUACCAAGCCGACAUCGACUAUGAGGAUCUCUCGUCUGCUGCCGAUCCCGAAGCGGCUGCGCUGGCUUCCGUCAAGGCUGCGCGCGCGCAGACCAUUGACAUAGAAAAUGGGGAGUCGAUGAGAUUGAAACUGAUGAAGCUUUCGCAUGCGCAGUACAUGAUAAGCAUCGUCUUCCACCACAUCUGCCUCGACAACGGCAGCUCCAAGUCUUUCAUGGACCAAUUCUUCAACUUGCACGAAGCCAUUGCGGCCGGAAAGGACAUUUCCAGCGUACCGGCGCCAAAGGUGUCUUAUGCCGAAUUCUCCGUCUGGCACAAUCAGUUCCUGGAAUCUCCCCAGGCCCUCUCAGACCUUGCCUGGUGGAAAGAGACACUUGGCGAUGCAUCGCGCGUUUCCGCGCUUCUGCCAUUUGCCAAGUCCAACCGUCAGGGUCAGAGGACGGGUGAACGGGUGACGCUGCAGGAAACGGUUUCGCUUCCUUUGUUGAAGCGCAUGAAGCGUAUUGCUUCUCAGACAAACUCCACACCGUUCCACUUCCUUAUGGCUGCAUUCCGCGCCUUUGUUCAUCGCUACACGGAUGAAGACGACCUGACGAUCCUCAUGAUCGAUGGCAACCGGCCGCACCCAGACCUUGGAGACACCCUCGGAUUCUUCGUCAACAUGAUCCCGCUGCGCUUCAAGGAUCAUUGCGAGUUUACGUUUGAGCACCUUGUCCAACGUGCGAGGACCAUCGCGUUGGACGCUCUGUCCCACAAUGCCACGCCCUUUGACAGCAUCGUGGAUGCCCUUGGCGCUGAACGCACCGAUUCACACUUCCCCUUGGGCCAGAUCGCGGUGAACUACCAGAUGUAUGGUGAACCUCCAAAGUACUCAACUGCCGACUUUGAUAUAGUCGGAAACGAAAUGGAGGAUAUCCCUACUGCUUGCGACAUGCAACUAGAAGCAGUCGAGGAUUCAGCCACUGGGCUCAAGCUCAAGCUUCAGUAUGAUCCGUCUUUGUACGGCGGAGAGGACAUGGAGCGCUUCUCGGAGAAUUUCCUCGCCUUCCUGUCCAGCGCCAUCAAGGACCACCGCCAACCGAUCACGAGUAUCAACAUGUGCGGCAGCAAGGAGCUGGCUUACCUCCGCGAACGUUGUUGGAACGUGCAGCCAACACCAAACGAAUGGAAUGACCGGUCUGUCGUGAGCCAAGUCGUCAGGCUCGCCGAGCUACAGCCCAAUGCGGUAGCCAUCAAGACUUCGGACGGCGAAAGCAUCACCUAUCGGGACAUUGUAAUGCAGGCUCAAUCGAUUGCCGCAAAGCUCAAGUCAUACGGGGCCGGGGCUGGAGACAUUGUCGGGCUCCUGUUCCAACCGGGGAUUGACUUGGUUGCGGCCAUGAUGGGUGCCUCAUUUGCCCGUUGUGGAUACGCUCCUCUCGACCCCAGCUUUGCGAGUGAAAGGCUGCGCCACAUGAUUUCGGACUCUUCGGCUUCCAUCCUAUUGGUCGCUCCGGAACUUGAUGCGACGGCAGCCGAACUCUGCGGUACGGACAUCCCGGUGACUCGAGUGGUCCUUUCUCCGGACGACACACCGAUCGCCACCUCUCUGUCAUACGAGGAAAUGUCCCAGAACGAUCCGUUCUAUGUUAUCUACACUUCCGGGAGCUCUGGAAAGCCCAAAGGUGCGGUUUUGACACAUGGCAAUACCCAAGCUAUGCUCAGCAGCCACAAUGCAUUCCACGAAAUGUCAUCUCGCGACAAAGUUUUGUUCCAUUCUUCUGCAGCCUUUGACCUCUCGGUGGCGCAGAUCUGGGGCGCACUUACAUCCGGCGCCACUAUCCUUCUUGCGAAGCAGGACAUCCGCAAGGACCCGCAGAGGCUGGCAACUUUCAUGCAACAAGGGCGCGUGACUGUAACCUACUUUCCUCCCACCCAGUUUGCGCUCAUCCUGGAGCACAGCAGCGACAUCUUGAAACAGUGCUCGGAGUACCGCAACGCCAUCUUUGCAGGCGAGUACCUGCCUGUGAGGCUGGUCAAAGCGAUUUACAGCCUUGGCACGCCUGUCACGGUAUUCAACCAGUGGGGACCGAGUGAGACCACCGUCCAGACGACAUCUCACAAGACUCCUCCACCCAGCGCAGUCGACGUGAACCUUCCCAUCGGAUUACCUCUCGCCAACAACUCUCACUACGUUGUUGACGACACCUUGCAGCCUGUUCCUGCCACUGUUACCGGCGAAAUUUGCAUCGGCGGUGCACAAGUUGGCAGCGGCUACCUUAACCGACCAGACGUAACAGCGCGCACUUAUCUGGAUGACCCGUUCGCGUCCGACGCCUUCAGAGCUCGGGGCUGGAGUACUCUUUACAGGACGGGAGACAAAGGCCGCUUUCUUCCCAAUGGUGAACUCGACUUCAAGGGCCGCAUCUCUGGCGACAGGCAGAUCAAACUUCGCGGAUACCGGAUUGAUCUCGCUGAAGUCGAGAACGAGGUCCAUGCCGCUUCUCUGCACCUCCCUACUGCGACGAAACUGAUUGACGUUGCCGUGUUGCCGCGCGGACUUAGUGCCGGUAACGACCAUCUUACAGACGACAGGCAAUUGAUUGCCAUUCUCGUUCCCAAAGAGUCAAUCUCUUCGGGGGAGAAGCAGGCGGUAAUCAACGCAUUGCAUGCAAACAUCCGCCCGCAUCUCAACGACUACAUGCUCCCCAGCGGAUACCACUUCACCGAUGCUCUUUCCAACCUCAUCAGCGGUAAGAUCGGCAGACAGCACCUUCUCACUAUGGAGUUGGACCUGGUCUUCCCCUCGACCCAAGCACUGGAAGACCAAGCUCGCGAAGAAACGCGCUCUGAAGCGGACGAGAUCCUGGAGUCCGUGACCGGCUUGUUCAAGGUGGUGCUGAAGCUUCCUGCCGGCGGGAACGUGAGCCCCACUCAAAGCUUUUUCGAUCUUGGUGGCCAGAGUCUGCUGCUCCUGCGUCUACAGGCGGCACUCAAGCGGCAAUUCAAGGUCAAGAUCGAUCUGAGGGAUCUGUUCGCGCAUCCUACACCGCUCGGAAUGAUGAAGCUAGUCGCAUCUGCUACUGGAGUUGACAUCAGCGAGGUAGCAACGCCGUCUGCUGCCCAAGAUGGCGAGAUCGACUGGAGUGCUGAAGCCACGCUGCCCGACGACGCUGCAUUCUAUCCUUCAGCCUCGGCAACUCUACUUCCGCGAAGUGAAAUAACCGAGAUCCUGCUCACCGGUGCUGAAACUCCAACUGGGAUUCGCAUGCUUCUCCGCUUGCUUUCAGACCGACCUCGCGCCACUAUCACCGUCCUUGGCUCACAGGCUCCUCUCUCUGAACAGCACUUGCGAUCUCUCAUAUCUGAUCUUGGCCGAUCUGUCCCAGCUGAUUUCAGCUCUCGCAUCCGCAUUCUGCCCGGCAGUUCUCUCACCUCUCCAAACCUCGGCCUUACGAACCAGCAAUUCGCGACCCUCGGUGCACGCUUGCAAGCUAUCUACCAUUUCGGCGGCUCGGUCUCACUGCUCAAGUCCUAUGCGGACCUGCGCCGGCCAAAUGUUCUCGCGUUGCACGAUCUGAUCCGGCUGGCAGCCCUCAACACGCAGCACCGGGCCGAAAUUCACUACCUCUCCACGUGGAGUGUCGUGCAUCUUCAGGCCUGGCACUCGACCAAGCGCACGCACAACGGACCUGGCUUCGUCACGAAUGAAGUUGCGCCCGAUCACUUCGUGCCUGGAAAGGAGGAGCAAUUUGCCUACUUCCAAUCACGCUGGGUCGCAGAAAUGCUCCUGACGCAAGCAGCGCGGCGCGGUAUGGCCAUUGCCAUCUACCGCGGGUCAGCACUCGGCGAGACGGCGGCAAACAAGAAGAGCAAGAAAGAGCAGCAGGAAUCGGACACGGACAACUUCUAUGUGGAUCUCCUGCGCAGCAUGGUCCAGAGCGGCGAGGUCCCAGACCUGGACGAGAACGCCGGUAUCGAUGUCGAUAUUGUGCCUGCUGACUAUCUCGUCAGCGUCGUGGCGCGCCUGUCAUGCGCAGAGGCGGCAAGGCCUGUCGAGCAAGCCGCUGGCGCAGGAGCUGAGCCAGCCGUCUUCCACGUGCGCAACCCUCGCUCUCUCGCACAGCGCGACGUCCCUGCGCUGAUUGCGCAGCUGCGCGGUAACGCACGCGUCGAACCCGUGCUCUCAGCGAAGGACUGGGUCGAGAAGUUGGCGCCGGGAGACGAUGGAAGUGAGCCUGCUAAGGGGAGGAUGGCGGCAACUGUAGGGGGCGAGUAUCUGAGGGUUGGACACAGGAUUUUCAGCCUCGACGAUCGCAAGACCAGGGAGGUUCUGAAGGGUCUGGGGUGGGAUGAGAAUGAGUGCCCACCUGUUGAGGGGGCGUGGUUCGAGGAGUUGCUGGGCGUGAAGUCGUAG